GGAGGGGCCGCCGGGUCGGGCGCAGCGCACUCGCGUCGGGAGCCGCCUCUCCCCCGCGGCGCUCGCCCCUGCUCCCCGCCAGCAUCGCUUGUCCCGCGGCCGCGCUCAGACAACAAAAGCGGAAGAUGCUGCAGUUGGGCAAGGUCAGGACCUUGCCCUGAAGCCGGGCGGCGGCGCGCACGCCUUUCCCCGGACUGAGGAGCUGUAGCUGGUGGCGGGUGCAUGUUCGCGAGGAAGCAAUCGGGCGCCGCGCCGUUCGGAGCUAUGCCUGUCCCAGACCAGCCUUCAUCAGCCUCAGAGAAGACGAGCUCCCUGAGCCCUGGCCUGGCCACCUCCAAUGGGGAUGGCUCAGAAACAGAAACCACUUCUGCCAUCCUCGCCUCGGUCAAAGAACAGGAAUUACAGUUUGAAAGACUGACCCGAGAGCUGGAGGCAGAACGCCAGAUCGUAGCCAGCCAACUGGAGCGAUGCAAGCUUGGAUCGGAGACGGGCAGCAUGAGCAGCAUCAGUUCAGCAGAAGAGCAGUUUCACUGGCAAUCACAAGAUGGUCAAAAAGAUAUCGAAGAUGAACUUACAACAGGUCUUGAGCUGGUGGACUCCUGUAUUAGAUCGCUGCAGGAAUCAGGAAUACUUGACCCACAGGAUUAUUCAACAGGUGAAAGGCCCAGCCUGCUCUCCCAGAGUGCACUUCAGCUCAAUUCCAAACCUGAAGGGUCCUUCCAGUAUCCAGCCAGCUACCAUAGCAACCAGACCCUGGCCCUGGGUGAAACAGCCCCUUCGCAGCUCCCUGCCCGCAGCACACAAGCCCGCGGUACGGGCCAGAGCUUCAGCCAGUCGCCCACCAAGCUGCAGCGCGGCGGCUCGGCCCCCGAGGGCGCCGCCUAUGCCGCGCCGCGCGGCUCCUCGCCCAAGCAGUCGCCCAGCCGCCUGGCCAAGUCCUACAGCACCAGCUCGCCCAUCAACAUCGUCGUGUCCUCGGCCGGCCUGUCCCCGAUCCGCGUGACCUCGCCCCCCACCGUGCAGUCCACCAUCUCCUCCUCGCCCAUCCACCAGCUGAGCUCCACCAUCGGCACGUACGCCACCCUGUCGCCCACCAAGCGCCUGGUCCACGCGUCCGAGCAGUACAGCAAGCACUCGCAGGAGCUGUAUGCCACGGCCACCCUCCAGAGGCCGGGCAGCCUGGCAGCUGGGUCCCGGGCCUCGUACAGCAGCCAGCACGGCCACCUGGGCCCGGAGCUGCGGGCCCUGCAGUCCCCAGAGCACCACAUAGACCCCAUCUAUGAAGACCGCGUCUAUCAGAAGCCCCCUAUGAGGAGUCUCAGCCAGAGCCAGGGGGACCCUCUGCCGCCAGCACACACCGGCACCUACCGCACGAGCACAGCCCCAUCUUCCCCCGGUGUCGACUCCGUCCCCUUGCAGCGCACAGGCAGCCAGCAUGGCCCACAGAAUGCCGCCGCGGCCACCUUCCAGAGGGCCAGCUACGCCGCCGGCCCAGCCUCCAAUUACGCAGACCCCUACCGACAGCUGCAGUAUUGUCCCUCUGUUGAGUCUCCAUACAGCAAAUCCGGCCCUGCUCUCCCACCUGAAGGCACCUUGGCCCGAUCCCCGUCCAUUGAUAGCAUUCAGAAAGAUCCCAGAGAAUUUGGAUGGAGAGACCCAGAACUGCCUGAAGUGAUUCAGAUGUUGCAACAUCAGUUUCCUUCGGUCCAGUCUAAUGCUGCAGCCUAUUUACAACACCUCUGUUUUGGAGACAAUAAAAUUAAAGCUGAGAUAAGGCGACAAGGAGGCAUUCAGCUCCUGGUGGACCUGCUGGAUCAUCGGAUGACGGAAGUCCACCGCAGUGCCUGUGGAGCCUUGAGAAACUUGGUGUAUGGGAAGGCCAACGAUGAUAAUAAAAUUGCCCUGAAAAACUGCGGCGGCAUCCCAGCGCUGGUGAGGUUACUCCGCAAGACCACCGACCUGGAGAUCCGGGAGCUGGUCACAGGAGUCCUUUGGAACCUCUCGUCUUGCGAUGCACUCAAAAUGCCCAUCAUCCAGGACACCCUGGCAGUGUUGACUAACGCCGUGAUUAUCCCCCACUCGGGCUGGGAAAAUUCACCGCUUCAGGACGAUCGGAAAAUACAGCUGCAUUCCUCACAGGUGCUGCGAAAUGCCACUGGUUGCCUAAGGAAUGUUAGUUCGGCGGGAGAGGAGGCCCGCAGGAGGAUGCGGGAAUGCGAUGGGCUCACCGAUGCGCUGCUCUACGUGAUCCAGUCUGCGCUGGGGAGUAGUGAGAUCGAUAGCAAGACCGUUGAAAACUGUGUGUGCAUCUUAAGGAACCUCUCGUACCGGCUGGCAGCAGAAACGUCUCAGGGACAGCACAUGGGCACAGAUGAGCUUGACGGGCUGCUCUGUGGUGAGGCCAAUGGCAAAGACACAGAGAGCUCCGGGUGCUGGGGCAAGAAGAAGAAGAAAAAGAAAUCCCAAGAUCAGUGGGAUGGAGUAGGACCUCUUCCAGACUGUGCAGAACCACCAAAAGGGAUCCAGAUGCUGUGGCACCCAUCAAUAGUCAAACCCUACCUCACACUGCUCUCUGAGUGCUCAAAUGCAGACACGCUGGAAGGGGCGGCAGGCGCCCUGCAGAACUUGGCUGCAGGGAGCUGGAAGUGGUCAGUAUAUAUCCGAGCUGCUGUCCGAAAAGAAAAAGGCCUGCCCAUCCUCGUGGAGCUGCUCCGAAUAGACAACGACCGUGUGGUGUGCGCGGUGGCCACGGCGCUCCGGAACAUGGCCUUGGACGUCAGAAAUAAGGAGCUCAUUGGCAAAUAUGCCAUGCGAGACCUCGUCCACAGGCUUCCAGGCGGGAACAACAGCAACAACACAGCCAGCAAGGCCAUGUCGGAUGACACGGUGACAGCCGUCUGCUGCACCCUGCAUGAAGUGAUCACCAAGAACAUGGAGAACGCCAAGGCCUUACGAGAUGCUGGCGGCAUCGAGAAGUUGGUUGGCAUCUCCAAAAGCAAAGGAGAUAAACACUCUCCAAAAGUGGUCAAGGCCGCAUCUCAGGUCCUAAACAGCAUGUGGCAGUACCGAGAUCUGAGGAGUCUCUACAAAAAGGAUGGAUGGUCACAAUAUCACUUUGUAGCCUCAUCUUCAACCAUCGAGAGGGAUCGGCAAAGACCCUACUCCUCCUCCCGCACGCCCUCCAUCUCCCCUGUGCGCGUGUCACCCAACAACCGCUCAGCAAGUGCCCCAGCUUCUCCUCGGGAAAUGAUCAGCCUCAAAGAAAGGAAAACAGACUAUGAGUCCACUGGCAGCAAUGCCACUUACCACGGCACUAAAGGAGAACACACUUCCAGGAAAGACACCAUGACAGCUCCAAGUACUGGAAUUUCAACUUUGUAUAGGAAUUCAUAUGGUGCGCCCGCUGAAGACAUCAAACAUAACCAGAUUUCAGCACAGCCAGUCCCGCAGGAACCCAGCAGAAAAGAUUACGAGACCUACCAGCCGUUUCAGAAUUCCACAAGAAAUUAUGACGAGUCCUUUUUCGAGGACCAGGUCCACCAUCGCCCUCCCGCCAGCGAGUACACCAUGCACCUGGGACUCAAGUCCACCGGCAACUAUGUCGACUUCUACUCAGCUGCCCGUCCCUACAGUGAACUGAACUAUGAAACGAGCCACUAUCCCGCCUCCCCCGACUCCUGGGUGUGAGGAGCGGGCAACACGAGGCGCUCCGGGAACAGUGCAUGUGCAUGCAUACACAAGACAUUGCUUUUUUUUUUCCCCCUACAAAUUUAGUUUGUUAAAGCCUGUUCCAUAGGAAGGCUGUGAUAACCAGUAAGGAAAUAUUAAGAGCUAUUUUAGAAAGCUAAAUGAAUCGAAAGUUAACUUGAAAGUCAAUAGAGAGCUAAAGUGAUCCUAAAUCUGACAUUGUGCAGCACCUUUCUAGUUUGAGCUGUAGAGUAUUAAAAAGUGCUUUAUAUUGAAUGUGGCUGGAGGCAGCAGAGGAGACGGUCGGGGUGGUGGGGCGUGGAGGUUAUAAGCACAGAGCAGCAUAGGUCACACAUUUUAGGGGGACGGCUUCUCACGCUUUCUUUACUCUCUUCAUCCGUUGUGAUUCUAGGCUUCAAGUUGCAUUGGGGUUCCUCUGUACAGCAAGAUGUUUCUUGCCUUUUGUUAAUGCAUUGUUGUAAAGUAUUUGAUGUACAUUACAGAUUAAAGAAGAAAAGCGCAUUGUGUAUAUUACACCAAUGCUGCCGUGUUUCCUCAUCUAUGGUUCUAAAUAUUGCUCCCAUUUCAAACUUUUGAAAGAUGUAUGGAUUUCCAGUUUUUCUUUUCUUUUCUUUCUCCCAGUAUGUUUUAACAAAAAAAUGGGAAAAAAAGGAAUAUUUAGCAGUAUUGUUCGUUCUGAUAUGUGAAUUUGUUUGUGGCAACUAAGCAAGGCAUUCAGCAGUUUCUGACAAUUAACAUACAUCGUUCCACACUCCUUGUCAACAAAGUGCUUUUUCACUGCCUAAAAUUUUAGAUGUAGAUAUUUGAAAUAGAUUUUUUCAUUUAUACCAGUUUUCUUUAUGAUGAUACAGUGUUAAAAGAAAAUAAAUUACAAUUGAUCUGUCA